AUUCCAAUUGUGCUUGCUCCUAGGUCAGAUCCGCCGCACAUCACCAUUUUCACGAACCACCAGCGUCCGCUCUGCGACGACUCAAUUCCUGUAAUACACUCUGCUCUAUUCCAGCUAGUCGCUGCCUCGGUUCUGAUCUAGUUGCAGAGCGCCUGAAUCCUCAGCGUUACACAUGGCGCCUUCAUCUCACGAUCUAUUUCUCCUCUCUCCACUGACCAGUCCCGUUCCCCAGUCGCUAUACCCAUUGCUUGCCGUCACACUCGUCACCGCCGGUCUUAUCGCAACAGGAGCUUUCUUCGUCUAUGAAGCCACUGUUUCAAAAUUCAGCAGAUCUUUGCCCAGAGAACUGCUCCUCUCAGCCAUCGCGUCUGUGCUCCUGGGUUUCGGUACGCUCUUCCUCUUCCUAUGGACGGGGGUGUAUGUCUGAUCCAGAAUGGAACUAGUUGAAAGGCGGAUGGACCAUACUGUGUCACAGUUACUGGCACUAACAUUAUGCACAGAACGAAAUUGCUGUGGCAGUCAAACCAUGGCAUGUCACAAAAUGUUUGGGUUUACGUGAUGAGGCUCCGAGGGGCUAUGCCAACUUAUCUUUCGGUCAGUGGUGUAGAGGAUCCAAGUGUGAUGCAACGCAUUUAAUAUGGCAGGUCAUUCGUAGAAACAACUCAGCUUGCUGCUUGUCUCAGAGUAGCCAACUGAAUGAAGCAAGGGCAUGUCA